AGGGGCGGGGCGAUACACACCGGUUGUGACGCAGCGGCGGGCGGGUUCCGGUUCCGGUCGCUCCUUUUCUCAGCAGCGAGGCAGCGGGCCGGACCAGUGCCAAGAUGCAGAUCUUCGUGAAGACGUUGACGGGUAAAACCAUCACCCUUGAGGUGGAACCCAACGACACGAUCGAGAACGUCAAGGCCAAGAUCCAGGAUAAAGAAGGGAUCCCCCCGGACCAGCAGCGGUUGAUCUUCGCGGGGAAGCAGCUGGAGGAUGGCCGCACCCUCGCAGACUACAACAUCCAGAAGGAGUCUACCCUGCACCUGGUGCUGCGCCUGCGGGGGGGCAUCAUCGAGCCCUCCCUCCGCCAGCUCGCCCAGAAGUACAACUGCGAUAAAAUGAUCUGCCGCAAGUGCUAUGCCCGCCUGCACCCCCGUGCCGUCAACUGCCGCAAGAAGAAGUGUGGGCACACCAACAACCUGCGCCCCAAGAAGAAGGUCAAGUAGACGCGGGUAGCGGUGGCCCUGCCGCGCCCUUCCAAUAAAGCAUCGCAGCGCUCCAA